AAAUUAAAAUGGCCGAAGCUGAUAUUGCCGUCAUCGGAUUGGCCGUUAUGGGUCAAAAUCUUAUUCUGAACAUGAAUGAUCACGGAUUCACUGUUUGCGCCUUCAACAGAACUGUCAAAUUGGUCGACGAUUUUCUUGCCAAUGAAGCUAAAGGAACUAAGAUUAUUGGAGCUCAUUCAAUUGAGGAAAUGUGCAAGAAAUUGAAAAGACCACGUCGUGUCAUGAUGCUCAUUAAAGCCGGAACUCCUGUCGAUAUGAUGAUCGAUGCAAUUGUUCCGCAUCUUGAGGAAGGUGAUAUUAUCAUUGAUGGAGGAAAUUCUGAAUACACUGAUUCAAACAGACGCUCCGAGCAACUCGCCGCAAAGGGGAUCAUGUUCGUCGGCUGUGGAGUUUCCGGAGGAGAAGAAGGAGCUCGUUUUGGACCAUCUCUUAUGCCAGGAGGUAAUCCAAAAGCCUGGCCACAUCUGAAAGACAUCUUCCAAAAGAUCGCUGCCAAGUCAAACGGAGAACCAUGCUGUGAUUGGGUAGGAAACGCUGGAUCCGGUCACUUCGUGAAAAUGGUUCAUAAUGGAAUUGAAUAUGGAGACAUGCAACUGAUAGCUGAAGCAUAUCAUCUUCUGAGCAAGGCCGUCGAGCUGAAUCACGAUCAAAUGGCUGAAGUUCUUGAUGAUUGGAAUAAAGGAGAAUUGGAAUCUUUCCUUAUUGAAAUCACCGCUAAUAUUUUGAAAUACCGUGACGAGCAAGGAGAGCCAAUUGUUCCAAAGAUUCGUGAUUCUGCUGGACAAAAGGGAACUGGAAAAUGGACUUGUUUCGCUGCUCUUGAGUAUGGACUUCCUGUUACUCUUAUCGGAGAAGCCGUUUUCGCCAGAUGUCUAUCUGCUCUGAAGGAUGAACGUGUUCGUGCUUCGAAACAACUUCCUCGUCCACAAGUCUCACCAGAUACCGUCGUUCAGGACAAAAGAGUCUUCAUCAAGCAAAUCAGCAAGGCUCUUUACGCCUCAAAAAUCGUCAGUUAUGCUCAAGGAUUUAUGCUUCUUGCCGAAGCAUCUAAACAAUUCAACUGGAAUUUGAACUUUGGAGCUAUUGCUUUGAUGUGGAGAGGAGGAUGCAUUAUUCGUUCAAGAUUCCUCGGAGACAUUGAACACGCUUUCCAAAAGAACAAGCAACUUUCCAAUCUUCUUCUCGAUGAUUUCUUCACCAAGGCCAUCACCGAAGCGCAGGAUUCAUGGCGUGUUGUUGUGUGUGCAGCUGUUCGUCUCGGAAUUCCAGUUCCAGCAUUCUCAUCGGCCCUCGCUUUCUAUGAUGGAUACACCAGUGAGGUAGUUCCGGCUAACUUGCUUCAAGCCCAAAGAGACUAUUUCGGAGCCCACACCUACGAGCUUCUCGCCAAGCCAGGUACAUGGGUACACACCAACUGGACUGGAACUGGUGGACGUGUCACCUCAAAUGCUUACAAUGCAUAAGCAUAGAAAAAUAUAUACGUUAUAUUAACGUGAUUUUAUCAUAACUUACUACUCGAUAUUCAAUCCCCCGUUCUAAUUUUUCUGUGAUUGAUUAGUGUUUACUCGAUUUUUUUAGUUCCCUUCUACUACUCCACUCUUCCUAUUUUUCUUCAGUAUUUGAUUGCCAUUCGUGUGAAAUAAUAAAUG